GAAAAUCACCAUGGUAGCAUUUAAGGGAGUUUGGACCCAACCAUUUUGGAGAUCUGUCUCUGGUGAAUUUAUAGCCAUGCUUAUUUUUGUUCUUCUUGGACUUGGUUCAACGAUCAGCUGGGGGGUAGGGGACAGCCCUCAGCCUGCAGAUCUUUUACGCAUUUCACUUUGUUUUGGCUUAAGCAUUGUCACAAUGGUGCAUUGUUUUGGACACAUCAGUGGUGCCCAUCUUAAUCCAGCUGUCACAAUUGCAUUUGUGUGCACCAGAAGAAUUACUCUUGCCAAAUCAUUAUUCUACAUCAUAGCACAAUGCCUGGGAGCCAUCUCAGGGGCAGGACUUCUAUACAUAAUUACACCUUUCAAUUUGAUUGGAAACUUAGGAGUGACAAUGGUUAAUGAAAGACUAUCACUUGGUCAUGGACUUCUUGUAGAAAUUUUAAUUACAUUCCAGCUGGUAUUUUGCAUUAGCGCAAGUUGUGAUCCAAAAUACAAAGACAAAUACCCUCCUAUAGCAAUUGGCAUUUCAGUUAUAAUAGGACACCUGUUUGCAAUAAACUACACAGGAGCCAGCAUGAACCCUGCAAGAUCUCUCGGACCUGCUGUUAUUCUCUGGAACUGGAAAAGUCACUGGAUUUAUUGGGUUGGACCAAUCAUUGGAGCAGUCUGUGCUGCAACUGUUUAUGACUAUAUCUAUUGUCCGGACAAUGAUCUCAAACAACAUUUAAAAGAAGCAAUUACAAAGGCAACACAGAAGACGAAAGGAAAAUAUAUAGAGGUUGACGAUUGCAGAAGCCAAGCUGAUGCUGAAGAUUUAAUCUUAAAAUCGGGAACAGUUCAUGUAAUUGAUAUCGACCAGGCCGAGAGCAAAAAAGGCAAAGACUCAGCUAGUGAAAUAUUAUCUACGGUGUAA